AUGAGUCAAAAUGGUGCUGUACAAAGCUCUCCCAUGUUAUCAUCAUCCUCAACAACAAUUUCAUCCUCAGCUCAUCAACAACAACAAGUCAAUGUGUCACAAACGUUGAUGAGUGCCAAUCAGAACAGAAGUAGUUUAAAUGGAUGGACAGAACUCUUUGAUCCCAAUUAUCAACGUUUUUAUUAUCACAAUCCGGAAACAGGUGAAACCAGCUGGUAUCAUCCGAAAGAUAAUCCAGACCUUCAAAAAUCUCAAUCCUCCUUCAUGACCAUCACCACAACAUCCACUUCACAACAAGAACCACAAGAACCACAACAACAACUCAAAUCAAACAUUCCUUUCAAUAACAACAACAAGAAUCACAACUCCUCUCCACUUCCCAUUCGUGCCAGCGAUCCAGUUUAUUCUAUUUAUCAUCAACAUUCUAACAAACAUGGAAGUGAACUCUGUGUUGACUCAACAACAACGUUGGGUGGGAAUUCCAAUCGAUUGGAAAGUACUACUACAACAACAACUACUCCUCGAAGUCGACGAGGAGGUGUCACACGAGCCAGUGAUUCAGAAGUUCGUGGAGGCAUGUCCAUCUAUAACAAUCAUCAUCCAACAACGAGUCCAACCUUGAAUGCUCUCUCAACUUUGAAUACCUCCAUUCCUUCUUCUCCAUUGAGAAAAUUUAACAAAUCACAAAGUAGUAGUACUAGUAGUUCUGUAAAAAAGAAAACGAGUCGAUUCUUGGCCUCCAUUUCCGAUCAAUACUAUGCACUCUAUGAGAGAGUGGAAAAGAAAAUGGCAAAUCAAUCUUCAACAUCUUCACCAAUAUCUUUAACAACAACAACUUUAACAACAUCAACUUUAUCAACAACUUGUUCACCCACCUUGUCCUAUGACUCAUUCACCAUCAAGGAUAAAUUCAUCAUUCUUCAUUUGACUCAUUUGACCUCUCCCAAUUCAUCCCUCACAAUUUCACAACGUAUUCAUGACAUGGAACAAGACUUGAAACAAUCUCCUCUCUUAUUUGCAUGUUUGAGAGGUGAUCAUCAAAAAUUUAAUGAUCUCUUGAGUAGACUUCAUGUUGGAAAUUCAAAAACCGGCAUGACGAUGAGUGAAACAACAGUAUUGCCACAUUCGAAAUUAUCCAUGCUUCAUUUGGCAGUCGCUUCUGGAAAUAUUCAUCUUGUGAAACAUAUCAUUUCAUGGAUUCAAAUGAAUAAGGAAGGAAGUGGAUCCAAUGAUUUAAAUCAAACUUCAUUCAAUUCAUUGACUGCACUUCACAUUGCAUCUCUCUUUGGUUUGACACAAAUUGCAUACUUGUUGAUUGAAAGUGGAGCUGAUACAAAUAUUGGAUGUCACGCCACUCCAUUGGCUCCUCCUUAUUUUCAACCUCUUAUUGAGAAAUAUUUCACACGUGCUCGAGAUGUCUCUUCUUGUAUUUAUACUCCAUUUUUGUAUUGUGUGUUUGGUGGAAGUGUGGAAACUUUAUUAAUGUUUGGAAAUUUGAGUAAAUCGGUGGGAGUGAGUGUGGAACAGAAUAGAGAGGGAUUUGUGAUGGAUGCCUUGUCAUUGGCGUGUGUUUUGCAACAUGUGAAAAUGGUGGACAUCAUGUUGAAGGAAGAUUAUGUAUUUAAUUAUGAUGUGAAUUGUACGGAUAAUAAUGGAAUGAGUCCAAUUAUGUUUUUGGCUUGGUCAAGUGGUAAUGCAGCAAUUUGUGGUAAACUCUUAGCCAAACAAGCCAAUUUGGUGGGUGUCAAUAGAGCCAAUGGCUAUUCGUGUCUACAUUUCUCAAUUACUGUUGGAAAUUAUGGUUUUAUCAAGAAAGUAUGUCGUACCAAAGAAAACACCGAAGAGUUAGCAAUCCUCUUGCGUAUUCACAAUCAGAAACAACCUUUGAAUGCUCUCCAAUUUGUGAAUAGUAAGGAAAUUGAAUCGACUGUCUCUGUAGAAAUACGAAAAAAGAUUGAAUCCAUUUUGAAAUCUUAUGGAGCCACAGAAAAGACUGGUUUUAGUGAAAUUAUUAAGGAAGGUUAUCUCACGAAACAAGGUCAUGUGGUGAAAAAUUGGAAAAAGAGAUGGUUCGUAUUGAGAGUUGGUGAAUUACAAUAUUUCAAGAGUAUUCAAAAAUUGAAAGAGCCAACCGGAACCAUCAUUUUGCAAAAUGGAAGUAUUGCCAAGACUUUCACGAAAGGAUGUUUUGUAUUGUAUGAUUCUCGAAAUGACAAAAAGUAUUUUAUUCUGGCUUCUUCUGAGGAGGAAAUGACAGAAUGGAUGGAUGCCAUUUCUUUCUCUAUCAAUCAAGCUGGUGCUAAACAUUGA